ACUGAGUUGAAGGCUUUCCGAGUGACCCGAAGUGUGAGGUCUUCUCUUGCGCUCAAAGAGUUUUUGUUGUGGCUGUGGCGAGGCCUGGCAUAACAGAACAUAACCAAACUUACCCAACCACCACCUAUCCCAUUAUCCAUCUAUCUGCUACCAUUAUCUAUCUCGAUUGGUACGGUAUAGGUGAUUAUCUUACUCACGGCUCCAUUAUCUAGCUAGCUACCCAGCUCCUACCGUACGGUAUUAUCUAUUCUAUUGGGUAUACUACCCCAAUAGUUAUCUCAAGAUGGUGAAGAAGGACAAGACGGUGAAGAAGCACGUCGGCUUUGCCGACAUGGAGGAUUCGUUUGCGGCGUACAGCUUUGCGGACGAGCCGUCUCCCACGACAACGACCAACAGCAACAGCAACGACCAGAAUACUACUACUAGUGCUUUGCGCAAUAAUAAUAGCAAUAGUAUGGACAACCUGAGCAGUCGGAACAACCCGAGAAUGGACAUGUCCCUGAGUCAGGACACCGCCAACGACGAUAUGGACGGAACGCUGCAUUUAGAAGAUGCCUUUCGCAAAACCUCCACCCACAGCACUAGCAACCCUGCCCGCAUGAGUUUUCGUGGUCUGGAUGAUAUCGACGACAGUGACGGUGCAUCGAUGAGUACCAACAGCGAUAUUAUCAAUCAGCAUCGUGCCAAAAUCGAAGGUGCCGGGGUUGACCAGACGGUGGCAACGAUUGAAACAAAGGUGGUACGAUGGCUCCGCAUGGCCAUUUGGUUGGGCUUGGUCGUCACGACAGGUGCCGUCUGUGCGUUAGUCUAUUGGUUUGCCAAUCAAUUGGAACACGAAAAUUUCGAAGAACAUUUUGAAGAUAUGGCGCAUCAAUUCGUUCGCGGUGUGCAAGCCAAUCUCUAUCGACAAUUGCAAGUGGCCGAUUUAAUGGCUACCGUCUUUACCAGUGUGGCUUUGGAAACCAAUCAAGUCUGGCCCUUCUUUGUGGUGCAAAAUUACGAAGCCACGGCCACGGCGGCACGAUCCGUAGUGGGAGCGCCUUUCUUGGGUGUCCAUCCACUCGUCACCAACGAGUUGCGUGUGCCGUACGAACAAUUCACCCAGGACAGCGACAAUAUUCAAUGGAUCAAUGCCUCACUCGACUACCAACAAGCCUUUCUACAGAACUACCAACGGAGUACGGCCGAUACCACAACUACCACAAGAAGAAAUCUACUCACUCAAUUCGAUAUUGCCUUUGAUGAACCUGAUCAAGCGGUACCACCACCACAAGCACCCUUGAUCAAUCGUCAAGCCAGUUUCGGCGACAACAAUAGCACUCCUGCUCUUCCUACUUCUACCUUUUCUCCCUUCAGUGAUACCAGUGCUAGCAGUAGUAGUGGUGUCACGAUUACCACCACCGAUCUUCCCAACUUUUGGAAUGGUAUUUACGGAACAAAUCCACAAAUUUUCCGAUUGGCAGCACCGGGAGAAACCAACGACACGCAACAUGUCUACAAUGAAAUCGCGUACAUGAACGAAAACACACGAGCGCAAGGACCGCCAUUUUACCCCAUUUGGCAAACCUCGCCCGUCACUCCCAACAACCAAGAAAGUGUCUUGAAAGGGAUCAAUUACAAUAUCGGGGACCAAGCACUCCCGCCAACGUGGUUUCGAGAACCUUUUCAAAUUGUGCAAGAACAACAACAAGCCGUAUUGGGGUAUGCCGUGCAUUCCAAGAAUAUUCCAACGGCGGCAACGGCCACCAACAACAACAACGACAACAAUUCGACUACCCAAAACGACAACGACAACAUGAACAGUCCCAUGGCAUCCCUCUUUUAUCCCGUCUUUGAUACACUCCUUUCCACAACUACCACCAACUCCAACAACGCUCGCAAAGUCGUGGCCGUCAUGGAAACGGAAAUUCUAUUCCAACACUUCUUCUCCUACAUUCUAUCUCCCGAUCACAACGACGACAAUGCUAAUACCAUACUUGCCGUUGUUUCCAAUGACUGCCAAGAUGGCCAAUCCUAUUCCUUCCAAAUACAAUCUGAAAUUGCCACUUAUGUCGGACCCAACGAUUCCCAUCAGCCCGAAUUUGACGACACUAGGGUAUCCACCACACUCACGACCACCAUGAAUGUCGGAACGGUCUACAAUGGCGUACCGCUCAACACCACAUAUUGUCCUUGGCAAUUAAACGUAUACGCCACGGAAGAAAUGGAAAGUGUAUACGUGACCAAUCAACCCAUCUAUUACAUGCUCACCGUCAUGGGAGUAUUCAUAUGGACCUGCGCCAUCUUUUUGGUAUACGAUUGGCUCGUCGAACGACGACAAAAAAAGGUCAUGAAAGCCGCCAAACGCAGUGAUGCCAUUGUCUCCCAACUCUUCCCCAAUGGAUUUCGGGAUGCCCUCUACAAUGCCGAUCAGGAACUCGAUAGUCAGGAUUUUUCACCCAAACAGGCCAAAGAAUCGGCGCCCACACCUUCGACCAGUAGUCCGGGCAAUGGCAAAGGCGCGGACGGAGCCUUUCACGCCGACAUUUUGGAAACGUUCAAACAAUCCGUGGGAGUCGAUCAUCACGGAGAAACCAAUCAACCCAUGGCACGGCUGUAUCCCAGUUGUACCGUCUUUUUUGCCGAUAUUGCCGGGUUCACCGCAUGGAGUUCGGCACGGAGUCCCGUGCAAGUCUUUGAAUUGCUCGAAACACUCUACGGGGCGUUUGAUAAGAUGGCCCGAAGACGUCGCGUGUUCAAAAUUGAGACGAUUGGAGAUUGCUACGUUGCUGUCACAGGUCUGCCACAACCGCAACCCAAUCAUGUUCUCUUGAUGGUCAAGUUUGCUCGGGAUAUUCUUGAGAAGUUGCCCCCCAUUUUGAAGAAGUUGGCAAUCACUCUAGGUCCAGACACCAAAAACUUGGCUAUGCGUGUGGGGUUGCAUUCCGGUCCUGUCACUGCUGGUGUACUUCGUGGCGAGAAAGCCAGAUUUCAGCUCUUUGGAGAUACCGUCAACACGGCUGCCAGAAUGGAAUCCAAUGGAAAGAAAGAGUGCAUUCACUGUUCCCAGGAGACGGCUGAUAUCCUGUACGAAAAAGGGAAAGGCCACUGGGUUCAUCCUCGGGACGAGCGAAUUGUCGCAAAAGGCAAAGGAGAGCUUCAAACGUAUUGGAUCCUUCCAGGGGGUGGAGAAUCUUCCAUGUUUGACCAAUCUGCUAUGUUUGACUUUGAAGAAGAGGACGAGGAAGAGGAAGAAGAGAAAUUUCACAAGGAGACUGCCGCAAUAGAAGCAGCACUCAAGGGCUUCCCUGGUACGGACGAGGAAAGGGAAAACAAGGUGAAAUGGGCGCAGAAAAACGACAGUAGCAUCGGGUGGAUCGUAGAUUUGCUGUUUGCUGAAGUGAAAGGUAUUGCCUGGGAACGCAAACAACUUACCGAGUACGAUUCAGAUGUUGAUCACUGGGGCAAGAACAGCCCUGAGGGCAGGCCGGUCAAAUGGGAUUACAGGUUGUGCAACGCAAUCUUUGAGCUGGCCGAUAGCACCGGACAAAGGGGUACUAAAUCUUGGACGGUGGCAAAGGAUAAGGUCAAAGACGAGCUCAAAUUGUUUGUUUUACUGCUGGCAUUCCAGUACAAGGAGGAUGCACCCUUUCACAAUCUGGAGCAUGCCUGCCAAGCACUCAUGGCAGUGGAGAAAAUGCUGAAACAAUUCGCAAUCCUUCUUCAAAGGAUGGGACAACGACAACUGAAUUCAUGGGUGAGGUUCACAUUGUACUUGGCUGCCAUCAUGGGUGACGUUACCGGGCUUCAAGAGGUGUGCUCUGGCGCAGAUCUGGGCCCAAAGGAAACUGCAGCGUCCAAGCGCCACAAGGAAUUCCAGAAUUCUUUCAAGACACUGUGGGGCCUCAUCAUGGACAAACGACUCUCCGCACUUCGCCUUGCCAUUUGUGUCAACCAGGAGGAGCAAGAGUACUUCACACAGCUCUUGGUCAACCUGGUGUAUGCUACAGAUAUUUCCGAAGGCGCCAACUCGGUAGAACGCGAGAAGCGAUGGGAAGCGGCGUUUAGCAUCCAAGAAGAGUCGACACUGAUAAUCCGCUUGCAAGCUCCUACAACUUUGGAGCACAUGAGUCUUGCCGCCCAAUGGACGCACACCAUGCAACUUUGGGAGACGUAUAAGAAAUGGAACAGUUUACUGUUUCAACACCGCUGUGAUGAAUUUGAAAACGACAUUAUUUCGUCCGACCCAGCGCUGGAAUGGUUCCAGCAAGAGUUGGUAAUGUUUGAAAAGGUCGUGAUUCCUCUCUUGGAAAAGUUGCAGGAACCAACGGCAUUGGGGCCCACCGGUAGCGAGCUGUUAAAAUACGCUGCCCAAAACCACAGAUCGUGGAGCCGACUGUUCCUGUCGAGAACCUAGUAGAAAUGAAAUGGGGUCCCACAAACACACACACAAACAGCACAAUCUACUUUUUUGAACGAGACGAGAUCCUCUUGUCUCCCGCUUCUAGCAUGAAGUGCAUGUUUUCUAUGUUGAGUUUUGACGGAAUUGCGUUUUGUUCUGACGCAUCCUGUACAGUCUCGAUAAUUUGUUUCCCUACUAGAGCUACACUAUGUUUACUAAAAUAUGCAACACUAUAUCUUUCGGGCAAAGCAGUACAAUGUUCAU